AUGCAAGCCUCGUCAGACAGCAGCACAAAUGCCCCAAUCCGCAAACCAUCUGGGGCCUGUGUUCACUGCAAGUCUCUGAAGGUUCGGUGCCAAUUUCUUCCCAACCAGACCAUCUGUAAGAGAUGUCACGACGGAAACCACGCCUGUGUUCCUCGGAUGAGAAAGAAGCGCAAACCUGCACCGACGCAUGAAGAUUUGGAAGAAGAGACUCUGCGGCAGGACCACGAAAUCGCUGCCCUUCUGGCACAAUGGGAUCAAGCCAUGACCUUGUCGAGAAUAAGUCGAAUCCUACCUGACCGUCAGGCAGCAAUUGCACCCUCUGCUAUCACUCAAUCUGCAGAAGCCGCCACCGCAUCCUACUUUUCUCGAGGUCAGGACCGAUUCAUUAUACCGUUAUACUUAUGUUAUUUCCAAUCUAUCCACCCUUAUUUCUCUAUUCUGGACCCCGUCUUACAUUCGGACCCUGCCGAUGUGAUUUGGAGCUGUCCGUUUCUGUUCACUGUCAUCUGUUCUACUGCUGCCAGAUUCUAUGCAUCACGUCCCGAUCUGGACUCGCAAGCUUAUGCCUUUGCGCGCAACGCUGCUGCGACUGCGUUGAUUGAAGGAGCUAUAUCGGUGGACGUUUGUCAGGCAUAUACCAUCAUGGCUGCGUAUCCAACACCAGAGAAAAAACUGGCUGAUGACAGAAGCUGGUUAUACUUGGGCAUGGCAAUCAGAAUAGGAAUACAGCUCAAGCUGGACCAGCCAGCUCAAUCAGAGCAAGAUGAGCGCGCAAGACAGAAUAGAAUUCGGACAUGGCUGUAUUGCUGUUGUGGAGACGGGUUUUACGCUGUCAAGCUCGGGAAAAUGCCGAUGCAAGGCCUCGACGACUACAUCGCUCGCACAUCCCGAGCCUGGUAUCAGGCAUCAGCGCCAGAUUCAAGUGGCCCUUUUGAUGUUUACCUCCACGCUUGCGUCCAGCUUUUGCGGAAAGCGAUCGCCUGGCGUGGAACUACACGCGAUUUGGCCGCCUUUUGCAUAUCAACUCAGGAGGAACUUGCCCAAGAAUUAGAAUUCUGGAGCUCUGUCUUUGAUCGCAAUGGUGGCACAAAUGGUUUGCUCCGUCUCUCUCUUAUUGGCUCGUCGGUGAAUGACCAUUCAGCAGAUCCAUAUCAUGUUUAUCGAGUGACUAACGUGCAACUGAUCUGCUCGUAUCUUCGCCUGGCCAUUCUGGCCCGCGCGUUCCAAGAAGCUUCAACAAGCUCACUUUCGCCUGUCGCAGAAAUUCUUUUGCUGUCUAUUGACGCAGCUCAACAAGUCGUUCAUAUAGCGCUACGCCAAACGCAUUCAGGUCCUCACUUUCGAUCCAUUAUGCAGACACAUCUGGUCUACAUUGCCUUCGCCGCUGCGUUUCUCAUCAACUUGUUACGACCACAAUUCAUCUACCUCAUCCACCCCGACACCCAGCAAGCGAUUGUUGAACUUGUUGAACGACUUGUCGACGCGUGGGGUGCUGAGCCAGCUGCCCUUAACGCCAGACAUUCUCCCACCAACUAUUCGCGUUUUAUUUCGUCCCUCCUCGCCAAACAUAACGUACGCGGAACUGGCCAAGAGCUUUUCGCUGCCCCCGACACAUCGCUUUGUUGGCCAGAGAUGUCAGUAGCUCUUCCCGAGAUAGACCCAGACAUUGACUGGUUGUUCUCGCAUGCCGAUUUUUCGCUCAUGCACUUUCUGAACUCCGUUCAUGGCGCGGAACUUGAACCCCCAUUAGACCCCAGCAAUAUGUGUCAUGAUGAUAGGCAGGCGUACACAAAACUGUUUGGCCCGGGCACGACUCUUUCACGAGUCCGCGAUGCGGCACUGGGUGAUCGGUUAUUUGCUUCAACUGCUCUCGAGGUACCAGGCCGUAGUUUGGCCUGGAAGUUGUUUCUGCUACCAGAUGAACCGCUCCAGCAAGUUGCUGUGGACGCACAGCCAACACCUCCGCUCCGCUCGCUGCAGUCGUCGCGAAAGCAAUACGUGAAAUUAAUGAAAGAGCAUUUGCGAGCGCCUGACGGCAGUUUCGAGGAAGGGGUGGUAAUUCCCGGCUCAUCCACAUCGGUCGAACGCCAAGCAUCUUCAAGCAACGAUCUCGAAACAAAUAAUCCCCUCAGCCUGCAUAGCGAGAACCCAUGGAAAGAGUGGUUCAACGCCGUCGAAACCCGAAAGACCAUACUACAAGAUGUAGAACGCACUUUCCCCGAGAUUGCAUUCUUCCGUGACCCCGAAGUACAACUUCAGCUCACACACAUCCUUUUCAUCUAUUCGACCGUGAUCAAUCCAGUGGUGGGCUAUCGCCAAGGUUGGAAUCAUCAUUGGCUUCUUGUCUGGGGUAUACUGAACUUCCCACUGGUUACAGGGAUGCACGAGCUCCUUGCACCACUCUACUAUGCCGUUGACCAUGAUUCAGUGGAAGAAUCGACUGAACCCCCUCUACAAGAGCUCUGUGCGCGAACUUGGGUUGCUGCCGAUGCCUUUGCCCUAUUCUGCGCGGUUAUGAAGGGUGCUUCACGCUGGUACGAAUGGCAGGAGACACCCCCAUCAUCGCGGCCCACUCCUGGCUCGCCAUUUGCCCACCAUGUCCAUAUUCCUGUUGGCCCGGUGGAGGUCAAGCCUUACGUUACGCCUGUGGUCCAAGACUGCAAUCGAGUUCAACACCAACUAUUGCGGACUACGGACCCGUUGUUGUGGAAGCAUAUGCAAGCAACCGGGAUCGAACCGCAAAUAUACGGAAUUAGGUGGCUCCGUCUCAUCUACACCCGCGAAUUUCCUCUGCCAGUUGCCAUGAAGCUCUGGGAUGGUUUGUUUGCGUGUGACCCGUCCUUGCAGCUUGCUCACUGGGUCUGUGUGGCCAUGUUGAUCAGAAUACGCAAUGAAUUGAUUCCGGGUGACUACAGUGUCGCGCUGACAACACUUUUGCGCUAUCCAUCUCAGACCAGCGAUGAAUGGUCUCACCACACGAGCAUCUUGCUCAAGCAGGCGUUGGAAUUGCAAAUGUCUCCAAUCGCUGCAACUGGGAAUCUACUUGUUUUGGAAAACAGGAACCUCCUGAAUAUCCCGUCUGAGGUGCCUGCCCCACCUCCACCCCCUCAAAGACGAGGCGCUCGACAUAAGGAGAAAACACCCCCAGCUCCGAAAACGCCAACAGAAUCGCGGCCGACGGCUACGGCACAGACACAACCCCAGGCUAGUCUCGAAGGAUUUGCGCGUGGAUUAUUGGAAAGAGGCGAAAGUUUCGGCAUCAACCGAACUCUCAUGAACGCUGUCCCUGAGUUCAGACGGAAUUUGUCUGAGCUUGCCGCUUCAUUUGUGAGAUCACCCACGAACACAUCGUUUCCUCUCGUUGAAGAGGAACGACCAGACGAAGAAAGGCCGCCCUGGGAAGCCAAGUCGCGGCGGUGGUACGACUCGCAUAUUGAGGAGUUGGAGGCUUCGAUGACUAAGAGCAAAACAACACAGCAACGACUGGCGGAAGGGCUCUCGAGGGCUGUGGACAUACUGCUACAAGAUGAAAGCGAAGUGAAGGACUUGGAGCAGCUAAAGCGAUCAAGAAGAGAGGCGUUGGAAGCUAUCUCUUAUGUGCGAGACAUGCUGGCCAGCAAUAUUCCGUCAGACAUCGACGAGGAAAGGCUGUUCGGUGAAGAGGGGCUACAGAGACGCAAAUUGGCUGCAGAAGAGAAAUCGAAAGCCAGCGUUAUGCAAAUACCCCAACCUGCGAUUCCUUCCCCACUUGCUGUGGUCGAUUCGCGACCGUCGGUCCCGCCUCCCAUCAUACCGCCAACCCAACAGGCAGUCAUUACACCUUCCAAGUCCACUUUUUUCACCUACGGCUCCGCCAUGGAAAUAUACUCGAUCUAA